AUGGCUUCUAGACCAGCUCCAGUGCAAGCACCUCCGCCUGUAGUAGUCCCAAACCCAGCGCCUAACCUGUUCCCUGAGGUUUGGGCUCCGAUCCAGGUGCCUCCGGUGGUACCUCAAGCGAAUGGUACGGCCGCUGGUACAAGCUAUGCUCGAGCAAAAGCGCAGCAAGAAGCAACUACCAUCUCUUCCCAACCUAGAUGUGAAGCCCCCAUACUCUCAGGAGAUAUUGACCAUGUCAUACCCAACUGGCUGGUAUUUGACUUGGCUCCUAACUCGAUCAAGAGUUGGGAGGAGAUGGUGAACAAGUUCCACGCGAAAUUCUUCCAAGUCCAGGAGAAAGUUACAACCCUUACACUUGGGCGAGAUGUCCAAAAAGAAGGCGAAGCUAUGCUGGACUAUGUUAAGCGGUUCCAAGAUAAGGCUAUUGACUGUCAUGAACCAAUGGAUAAAGCCUAUUUAGUCAGCAUAUGUGUGGAGGGUGCCAUACGCGACUACAAAAUUUUCCUGGUGAAUCAUAAUCUGCUUACUUUUUCAGCCGUGAUUGAGGUAGCUAGGUACCUCAGUACCACUGGUCCCUUGCACAGAUCUCGUGAUAGCCACCGCUACUCCCGCAGUAGCAGCGUUGCUACGGUAACCUCUGUAGAAGGGAGCCGCUCGCAAGGGAAGGCAUCAUUCUCUUGGAAGAAGAAGAGUUAUGAGAACAGGAAUCCAUAUCCUUGCAGCCUUGAGAAUGUUAAGGCCUUGGUUAAAGAAUGGGUAGCUAAUGGUGAACUUACUUUGCCUCUAGUUGAUAUCCCUUCAACCAAGAAGGACAAAAAAAGCCCAGAUUACUGUGUCUAUCACAGAACCACCAAUCACCCCACUAGGGACUGUUGGUCUUUGAACAGUAUCUUCAAGAAGAAAGUUGACGCAAAUGAGCUGAAGUUCAAAGACGCAGGUAAUCAUGACAUAAGGAAGGACCCUUAUCCUAAUCACAUAAAGAAGGAGAAGAAUGUGCAUAUGAUUGGGUACCUUGAGCCUGUGCGUGAUCAAGUGCACAUGGCGUCCUAUUAUGAUGAGUUAGAAGAGAUCGCUACUGGCCAGCUUCCUGAGACAAUACCUCUGGGGCUGAGCCAAGCCACCAGGUUAGAAGCAACAAAGGCCUUCAUUAACAUCUCCGAAGUGCACCAUGAUGAAGUUGCUGAAGCUAAGGAGUAUGUGCCUCGGCGCAUCCAAGAAGAUUACGGGGUCAUCACUUUUUUAGAAGCAGACAGAGCAUACCCAUUUCCUCAUAACUGUCUUCUUUUUGUCACAGCUUACAUCAAUGAUGUAAAGUUCAAGCGUGCUUUCCUUGAUGGUAGGGCAUCUAUAAACAUCAUCACUACUGACACCUUUGUAAAUGCUGGUAUCCCAGAGUCCAAAAUGGUUCGCCAACCCAUCACUAUAACGAGAUUUGGUGGUGAGAAGAAGGUUACUAAGGGCCAUAUUGUACUGGACUUAGCUGUUGAUGAGAUCCACUCCACCACUAAGUUCCAUGUGAUUGAAGCGGACACAAAUUACCACAUGAUACUUGGAAGAGCUUGGAUGCACCGAUAUGGAGCUAUCCCGUCGAGUUAUCACCAAUACGUAAAGGCAAAGUUAGGAAAUGCACAGUAA